AUGCUGAACGAGCUGAAGGAGCUGCUGGAGGCCGCCAUCCCUCCUUCUCUCAUACCCGCCUCCCCUCUCUCCUCCCCUCCGUCAUACUCUCAUCCCGUCCUCCCCUCUAUCAGCCCAUCCCUCCAUCUCUCAUCCCCUCCUCCUUCCUUCUCUCAUCCCCUCCUCCCAUCGCACGUCCCCCUUUCCCAUCUCUCAUACCCUCCUCCCAUCUCCCAUUCCCCCCCUCCUUCUCUCAUACCCGCCUCUCCUGGCUCCUCCCCUCCGUCAUUCUCUCAUCCCGUCCUCCCCUCUAUCAUCACAUCACUCCUUCUCUCAUCCCCUCCCUCCCAAACUCAUCCCCUCCCUCCCCUACGCAUCCCCUCCUCCCAUUGCUCCUCCCCCCUUCCCAUUGCUCAUCCCCUCCUCAAUUCUCUCAUCUCCACCCUCAUUCUCUCAUCCCCGCCUCCCCUCCCUCCUCCCAUCUUACCUUCUCUCAUUCCCUCCUCCCCUCUCUCAUCCCCUCCUCCCCUCUUUCAGACCAUCCUCCUUCUCUCAUCCCGGCUGUCCUUCACUCGUCCCCUCCUUCCUUCUCUCAUUCCCUCCUCCCAUCGCUCCACCCCAGUUCCUUCUCUCAUCCCCUCCUCCCAUCCCACCUUCUCGCAUCCCCUUCCUCCUUCUCUCAUCCCCGCCUCCCCUCGAUCCGCCCCUCCGUCCUUCUCUCAUCCCGUCCCUCCCUCACUCAACCCCUCCGUCCCUCGCUCAUCCCCUCAUCGCCUCUCCCAUCCCCUCCUCUCCUAUCUCAUCCAAUCCGGAGCCUAUCUCAUUCCCUCCUCUCCUCUCCUCCUCCCCUGUCUCUUCCCCUCCUCCCCUCUCUCAUCCCCUCAUUCCCUCUAUUAUUUCCUCCUCACCUCGCAUUCCCCCCCACUUUCCAUUUCUCAUCCCGUCCUCACAUCUCUCAUGACCUCCCCCUUUUUCUCACCCCCGUCCCCCCCUCACUCAUCCCUCCCUCUCCUUUCUCAUUCCCUUCUUUCCUCUUUCAUCCAUUAUGAUCCCCCUCUAUCCUCUCAGGACCAUGUCCUCCUCCCUCUCAUCCCUCCCUCUCCACUAUCAUCUCGUCCUCCCCUCUCUCAUCCCUCCCGUCCCUCUCUCCUCCCGUCCCCCACUCACUCAUCCCUCCCUCUCCUUUCCCAUCCCGGACUCUCCUCUCUCAUCCCUCACUCUCAUCUCUCAUCCCUCACUCUCAUCUCUCAUCCCUCACUCUCAUCUCUCAUCCCGUCCUCCCCCUCUCAUCCGUCCAUCUAUCGUCCCUUCCUCCGCUCUCACGUCGUCUCCUCUCCUCUUUCAUCCCGUCCUCUCCUCUCCCAUCUCGUCCUCCCCUCUCUCAUCCCUCCCUCAUCCCUCGCCACGCCACGAUGUCGCCAUUCCAAACCCCCCCAAGGUCGCUCCUCCCUGUCCCCCAGUGUCCUUGUCAUGUCCCCCCGUGUCCUCCUCUCCCGCCGUGUCCUCCUCUCCCCCCGUGUCCUCCUCUCCCCCCGUGUCCUCCUCUCCCCCCCUUGUCCUCCUCUCUCCCCAGUGCCCUCCCUUCUCCCUUCUCUUUCCCUCAUGUACCAUCCUCCUUUCCCUUAUUUCCCCUCUCCAACCCCUCAUUUCCUACCCUCUUUCCCUCUGUUUCCCCCUUUUCUUCCCCGUUGCUCUAGGUUUUCCCCCUUGCGCCUUCAUUUCCCACUCUGCUUCCCCUCUUUCCCCCCCUGCUUCCCCCCAUUCCCCCACCUCCUUCCCCUCGUUCCCUCCCCCUCCCCUCCCCCCCCCCCCCCCCCCCCCCCCUGCUCUCCCUUUCCCACCAUCGUGCCCACUCAGUUUCCGUGUUGCUUGUCCCUGUUUCUCCCGCCCCCCCGCCCUUCUCCCUUGUGA